CCCGUUGUUAAUUGCGCUUAAGGUCCACAAAGCUUAGUCUGAUCACACUAAUAUGUUUUCAUGUGCAUGAAUUCUCGUGUUUAUGCACAUAUAUAUAUAUAUGUAUAUAUGUGUGUGUGCGUAGAGUAUCUGUUUAACUACUUAUAAACAAACAUAACUACUAAGUUGGUGUGGAAGUACACACGAACCGUUAUCUAUACACACAGCUAUAACUACAGAACAGUGCGAUGGAGUAAACUUCGUGCACCUAAAGCAUAACAACACAAUUAAUAGACACAGUGAACUGCAGACGAAUUCACGCUGGAAACCAGCACAAUUAGAUGGAGCCAGCUACCACAAUCGAUUCCUCUUACUGAAAUAUCCUCAGAACAAGAAUGCCGCUCUAUGUUAAACAACAGGAGCGAAAUACCAACAACAAUACUACUACAAAUACUAUGGUUAAUGCCACGGCUGUUGGCACAGCUGGAAAAGUUGUUCAUUCAAACUCGAAACAACAUCAACAAAAGCAGUCACUGCAACACCAACAUCACCACUACCACCACCAACAACAACAACACCGUUGCAGAGCUGCUCAUGUCAAACAAGCUUUUAAACACGAACCUUCUUACCCCUUCCUUCUGUCACCUCCUUCCAGAUACUGUGAGAACAUUUUCAGGAGGUUGAUGUCCCUGUGCUUUAUUCUACUAGUGGUGUUGGUGAGGAACUCAGCAUGUAAUUUUAUCAACCAGGUGGCUGUACAUAUCGAGGGUGGAGUGCAGAAUGCAGAUAGGGUUGCCAAAGAACAUGGAUUUAAAAAUUUAGGCCAAAUAGGAUCGUUAACAGAUAAAUAUCUGUUUGAACAUUCUGGAAUAGCAAAACGAUCUUUAUCACCAAGUCACACGCACCUACAAAAAUUAUCAAAAGACCAAAAUGUAAUAUGGUUCGAACAACAAAUUGCCAAACGACGCACAAAACGGGAUUUUGCAGUAGAGAAAGUUAAUGACCCUUUCUUCCCGAAACAGUGGUACUUUCAUGGUGGCGGACAUGGAGGGUAUGACAUGAAUGUGAUGCCUGCAUGGCAGAUGGGAUAUACUGGUAAAGGAAUUGUGAUUUCUAUAUUGGAUGAUGGUAUUGAAAAGGAUCACCCAGACCUGAAAAAAAAUUAUGAUCCUAGAGCAAGUUAUGAUGUGAAUGGAAAAGAUCCUGAUCCUACACCACGAUAUGAUGCUACAGAUGAGAACAGACAUGGAACACGAUGUGCUGGAGAAGUAGCUGCUGAAGCAGGUAACAAUAUUUGUGGGAUUGGUGUAGCGUAUAAUGCACGUAUAGGAGGUGUACGCAUGUUGGAUGGAUUUGUAACCGAUGCUGUAGAGGCGGCAUCACUAAAUCUGAACCCUCAGUAUAUAGAUAUAUACUCUGCCAGUUGGGGCCCCGAUGACAAUGGGGAAGUUGUUGAUGGACCAGGACCUCUCACGAGAGAAGCAUUUGCUAGUGGGAUUCAAAAGGGAAGAGGUGGCUUAGGUAGUAUCUUUGUCUGGGCGUCUGGUAACGGAGGCUCUUAUUAUGAUUCUUGCAAUUGCGAUGGAUACACUAAUAGCAUCUACACCUUAUCAAUCAGUAGUACAUCAAAAAAUGGUGUAAAACCUUGGUAUCUAGAAGAAUGUGCUUCAACAGUCGCUUCUACUUACAGUAGUGGAUCCUUCAAUGAGCCGCAGAUUGUUACAAUUGACCUCCGGAAAAAAUGCACUUCUACACAUACUGGUACAUCUGCAUCUGCACCUAUAGCUGCAGGAAUUGUAGCUCUUGCGCUGGAAGCCAAUAAAAACUUGACAUGGCGAGAUAUUCAGUACAUAACAAUUCUAACAGCAAGGCCUGAACCAAUGACAGAUGGACAAUGGACAAGAAAUGCCUUGGGAAGAAAUGUGAGUUUACGUUAUGGAUAUGGACUGAUGGAUGCUGUUGCUAUGGUAAAUUAUGCUAAACUAUGGGUGAAACUUCCAGAGAAACACAUAUGUGAAGUAGUUUCAAAAGAAUUCCGUGUGCCCUUAAUAAAUUCUGUUGUCCGUAAAAGUUACCUGAAGGUAGAUGGUUGUCAGGGCACAACAAAUGGAGUUCAGUAUUUGGAACAUGUACAGGCACAGAUAAGUUUAACAUAUUCUCGACGGGGUGACCUUAAAAUCAUGUUGACAUCACCAAAUGGCACACGCUCCGUAUUACUUCCACCUCGGCCAAAUGAUCUUGUGGCAACAACAUUUGAUAAUUGGCCUUUUCUCACAGUCCACUUCUGGGGAGAAUAUGCCAUUGGUGAGUGGUUGUUGGAAAUAGAAGAUGUUUCAAAUCACCACUCCAGUUCAGGUACCCUAACUGACUGGAAGUUGAUUUUGCAUGGUACUCAAGAGAAUCCUGUAAAGCAUAGAAUGAAAUCAGGAUUUGGAAAUAGCAUUACUGAUUCCAAUGACCUAGAAGUGUUUACAACCAAGUCUGAAGAUCAGAUUGAUAAAGGAAGCAACCUAUCUACUAAUCAGAGUCCAGACAGUUUAUGCCACAAAGACUGUAUAGAUGGCUGUCAUGGAGAAACAGCAUUUGACUGUAAAGCUUGUAAAUACUUCAAAUUACAUUCAAAUGGGAAAUGUGUUUCAUCUUGCCCGAAAGGUUUCUAUGGUAACCCUGAGACACAACUAUGCCAUCACUGCAUAGAUCAGUGUCAACUUUGCACCGGACCACUAGUGACCAACUGUAAAUCAUGUGAAGAUGGAUUUUAUAUGGACAAAGCCAACCAGAAAUGUAGCCCUUGUAAAAAACCCUGUGAUACUUGUCAACAUAAUGCCAGCAACUGUACUUCGUGUUCGAAAGAUUACAGACUGUCUGGAAACACAUGUGUACAGACAAGUGUGUGUGCCGCCUCUGAAUACCGUGUUGAUGGAGAAUGCUUUCCAUGUUUCCGAAUGUGUGCAAGUUGUUAUGGUCCAGGAGAGAAACAAUGUUUAACUUGUUCUAGUAAUUUCAUUCUUACAAAAGGUUCUUGUUUCCCCACCCCUUGUUCUAUGGGAUUUUACCAAGACAUCAAUGGCACUAGCAAUAGUCCAAUAUGCAAAAGAUGUCAUGAAUCCUGUUUGACUUGCCGAGGUUCAUCAAGUUUAGACUGCAAUCUAUGCCGGUCUUCAUAUAUCAAAUUUAAAAAUGAAUGCAAAUUAAGCACAGCUUCCAUUUUCUGCAAAACUGCAGAAUGUCUACAACAGCAUCAAAAUGAAGCAAAAACUCAUACAAAUUUCACUUUCCUAUUAGUUUUUUUUAGUAUAAUUCUCUUGAUGAUUUUUAUAAGUUUUAUGAUAUUGUACUUCAGUCUUUCACAUCAUAAAUUUUGCUGGGCUAACAGAUAUGAAAAGGUCGGUGAUCAAAGCUCAAACAAAUUAGUAUUAAGUGGAGAUUCAGGAGAUGAAGAUGAAGAAAAAAUUGAAAUAAAAUAGAUGAAUGAAUUAUAUUUGUAUUAAAUAAAAGUUAUCUUUCAUCUAA